AUGGAGGACACGAUGCCUAUUCGCAAGACUGAUACUCUAACUCUGCAGAAAGUUGGUUUCCAGGGUUCUUCAGUGAAGUGGAUUAGAAAUACCUAUUUUAAUUUGGUAUCUUUUAUUAUUGAUGUACCAGAUCUAGAAGUCCAUUGGACUACUGGAAAGAAACUUCGCAUUGGACUACUGGAAAUCAAAAGUAUAAAUCUUGUUAUGUUUCUCCACAUUGGACUUGGUGCAUUCAUUCCUUCAGAUGAUCCAUUACUUGGGUUUCUGCCGUUUGUUAACAUUCAGAGCCUUACUGCAGCUGAUCUUGAUAGAUAUGGAGUGAAUGUAUGGCUUCUGUCUCCUCCUUGCCAACCCUAUACUAGACAAGGUCUCCAAAAGCAAUCUGGUGAUGCUCGGGCAUUUUCAUUUCUCCAGAUUCUUGAGUUGAUACCACACACCUCGCAACCUCCAAUGAUGUUAUUUGUGGAAAAUGUUGUUGGAUUUGAGACAUCUGAUACACAUGGAAAAAUGAUAGAGAUAUUGAUGAGAAGAAGUGAUUUUGUUACACAGGAGUUCAUAUUGAGUCCCUUGCAGUUUGGUGUACCAUAUUCCAGGCCACGCUAUUUUUGCCUGGCAAAGAGGAAACCGUCAACCUUUCAUAGUCAACUUUUCAAUAAUCAGCUUCUUUGGUCCCCAAAGCCCUUAUUUGGGCAUACAAAUGCGGAUGACAAAGUGUUCUGUGAACUUGAUGAGCCGCAAGGUAGCUUGGAUAAGUUGCUUGAAUCUUGUGAGCCAAUAGAAAUCUUUCUUGAAUUCAAGAAUUGCCGUGAUCAGCUAAACUUUGUGGACACCAAUGUUUAUACAGAUACCAUUGGAGUAUUGGAGAAAGAUGAAGAGAAUGGGUGUUGUACUAGCACCUUGGAUCAGUACUCUGUUCCCUCAAGCUUGAUAGAGAGAUGGGGAAGUGCCAUGGGAGUCAUUGAUAGGGAUCAAUUUGGGGGAAUCUUUUAUUUUAGAUUCGGGUAA